GGCGCCGCCAUCGCCAUGGGCACCCGCGACGACGAGUACGACUACCUCUUCAAAGUUGUGUUGAUUGGAGACUCUGGAGUUGGGAAGAGUAAUCUUCUGUCACGUUUCACACGCAAUGAGUUCAAUCUGGAGAGUAAGAGCACCAUUGGGGUGGAAUUUGCCACCAGGAGCAUCCAGGUGGAUGGGAAGACGAUAAAAGCACAGAUCUGGGAUACUGCAGGACAGGAACGAUACCGUGCCAUUACCUCAGCAUAUUACCGCGGUGCUGUUGGGGCUCUUCUUGUCUAUGACAUUGCCAAACAUCUCACCUAUGAGAAUGUGGAGCGCUGGCUAAAGGAGCUUAGAGAUCAUGCAGACAACAAUAUUGUCAUCAUGCUGGUGGGUAACAAGAGUGACCUCCGCCAUCUGAGAGCUGUGCCCACUGAUGAGGCCCGGGCUUUUGCAGAAAAAAAUAACUUAUCUUUUAUUGAAACUUCCGCUCUGGAUUCAACAAAUGUAGAAGAAGCCUUCAAGAACAUCCUUACAGAAAUCUACCGCAUUGUUUCGCAGAAGCAGAUUGCAGAUCGGUCUGCACACGAUGAGUCUCCUGGCAACAAUGUAGUCGACAUCAGCGUCCCACCAACCACCGAUGGACAGAAAUCCAACAAACUCCAGUGCUGUCAGAACCUGUGACCUCCUGUAGAUGACUCUUGUGCCCUUCACUUCGUCUGUGCUUCAUUUAGAAACUUGUGUGCACUUCUUAUCUCCUGUGAUUCAGUGACUCCCUCUUCCCUCCUUUACCCCAUUCCCAAGUCUCCCCCUUUCAUCUUAGAGCUUUAAUUGUAGGGCUAACAUUCCCCUGCCUCCGAAAUCCCCUUCAAUGUGGUGACUUUUGGGCUUGAAAUGUAGGCACUGAUCUGAUAGACAUGUUUGUGUUGGAACAUCUGCUGCUGGAUAUUAUCCCAUGAAACACUCUCCUCAAAUGGUUUUGGUUUUUUUUUUUCUGGGAGAGAAACCAUGGGGACUUGACUCGUAACAGUUGAAGAAAUAACUACAUUUAGGUGACAAGGUUUUUUCUUCCCAUAGUCAGGUUUUUUUUUCUUGUGUUUCUGUAAACAUGGGGGAGAAAUUAAAAGAAAAUAGCUAUCCUACCAAAUGCUCUGUUUUCUGUCCUGAUAAAGUCUCACAGUGAGGUUUUUAGUGGCUGCACACACAUAAGAAAGCUGUUGAAAAUAACAUUACUUAUUAUGUAAUUACCCCUAAUACAGUUAGUCUGGCUGUGUAGUUUACCGUUUCCUGCUUGGGAAAUCUUUCACUAUUCUUGUUUUAUUUGGGAACAAUGAAGUAUGUCUGCAUUGCUUUCUCUGCCACCAUGAAUGCCUGUGCUGCUUGUGCAGGCUUUAUGAAGCGGCUUAAUAUUUAUUCAUGGCUUAUGUUAAUCAGUUAACAUUAUUGUACAGUAAGUGCCAGCAUAUUGAUUUCAGAAACGUUUUGCAACCUGUACAAGUAGGCUUAUUUUGUACUGUAGAUCAGUGUCUGAAAGCAGGAUCUUCUGUAGUUCCAGGAUUUUUUUGCAUGCUGCUUUUUCUCUAGAUCUCUCCUACCCCUGUUUGAGUGAGUGAAGCAAUAUUUUCAUGUCAUGUAUAUACCUGCACUUGUAAGGGUUUUGGUUGUUGUAGAGAAACACAAUACUUUAUACAUUUUGUAAAACUUCUGCAGAACCAUAGCAUCUUGAACUUUCUCUUUAUGAUCUUUCACUAUUGACCUUGUGCAUAAUCUUCUUGACCUCUACUAAAAUGCAUAAUAUUAAGAUUUCACAUAACUACUAAUCUGUUGUUUUCCUCUUAUUCUGUUUUACUGAAUUGCAGACUGUAAUUCUCAAAUGAUUGUACUUCACCUGAUGUAACAGAUUUGUCAUCAGCAGGGCUAACUACUAUAAUACUUUGUUUUACUGAAUGGGAAGAAUGUUAUCACAACAUGUGUAGUCAGUCUCUUGCUAGCUUGUGAAAAUCUUCCAUGAUGGCUUUUCAUCAUUCACUAGCUCUUACACACUUGCAUCCCCUCCGGUAUAUGCUGAGUGUUACGGUGAGGCAAAUACUGGGUGAAACUAUCUAAAGGAAGCAUUGGAGACCAUCUGCUGCUCUCUGAAGGCUAGUGAAGCAAUUUGCAGUGAAUUUUUGCUCUGUAUUCUGAGACUGUACCUCACUUGAUGAAUCCUACCUGCAUAUUAGUGAGUUGAUUUUUCUUUUCUGAUACAAAGCAAAUACGAAACUGUGAAUUGUGCUUGAAGGGGAAAUCUGACAUUCCAGUCUCAACUGUUCUGUCUGGUUAUGUAAUAAAAUUAAGGGCAGUUAACUCUGAUGGCUUUUCUUUUAUAAGAUUUCCAGACCAAUGCCUUUAAUUUUGUACUGUAUGCGCCUAGAGGGCUAUAGUUCACAGCAAAGGAUGCACGUGGUGCCUAGCACUUCCACUUUUCAACUUUGUUUAGAGGAUGCAUUCAAGGUGAAGGGGUGCAUACUUGCAGCCUAAUCCCAUUGAAUGAGGAUAUGAAUUCCUCUUUAGGCAUCACAGUGCUCUGUCCUAAGGCUGUGCCAGUUCCAGAAGCACUUUCAACACUUGGUAUUUACUUCAGUAACGUCCUGUUGAGAGAAAGUGCAGCCAGUGGGAACUGGAGAUGUCUCCUUUUUGGUGGUCCUAGACCAGAAUGUGAUGUGCAGUCAGUAUUUAGAAGGCUGGCAGAUAAGCACACCGUCAGAGAGAAUGGAAAAUUCUGAGAUACUGAAAAUAUUUCCUUCAAGAACAGAUGGACACUAGGGGAGGUGGCUUCUUAAUUUUUCAACAAAACUUUUUAUAAAGAAAUGAGUUGAAUAGCGUGAGGAAGAAUCAUGCUGUUAAAAAGACUUAUUAGUUCAGGGUGAUGUAUUAAUGUGUUUACUCUGCAAAUCCUGUUCUUAACAUGAAGUUUCUAGAAUCAGUCUGGCCUGGUAUAAGAUGCUGAGCAGCAGUUUAGUCACUUCCUUCUCUUUUAAGAGAGAUUUUCUUUAGUCUCUGACUUUGUGGAAGGCUCUAAACUUUGCCUCUGAGUCCCAACAAAAGGUUCAUGUCUAGAGCUUAAGUCCUGUUAAAUUAUAUGGGUAUUGAAGAGACCUUGUACAACUUUGUUGUGCGUUGACCAAAGCCCCCUCAGAGCAGGUGGAUCUUGGACCCAUACUGUUCAUGCUAGGGGGUGGGUUGUUUUUGAGGCCUGUUGUGUGACGUGGAAAGGCCUAGUGCCUUUUGCUGCAGGACUGUUCGGUAUACCUGAGUGUGGGAAGCAUGUGUGUGCGUGCACAUGUGCACACAGAUAGCUUAUGUGAGCACUGUAAACUAAGCGGUGGUUUUAUCUGCUGUGGUCACUCAGUUUAUUAGACUAGGUAUUGACUCUACCAGAUUGCUGUGCUGCUCUCCAGGCAGUUAGAGACGCAGCCCUUCUGUGGGUUUGAGAUGCUCUCGCCUAGACUAAGCGCAGGGCCGUUAGUGCCAAUAGAAAAAGGACAGUGGACCAGUUCUGCCUGGUGAAACUAUCUUCAUGUGCAUAGACAAGGGAAAGUGCUUUUGAUCUUGAGUACCCUGGUGCCCUGCUGAAAGCCCUGUGCACUCCUCAAACUAUAGCUACAACCCAACCCACUGUUGGUGAUGGCUACUGAAAUUGCAGAGGGGAAGACUUGGAGGAAUCCUGAGGAAGCUUGAACUGUUGAAGAGCUGUCUGACAUUGAAAGCAGCUCUCCAAUAGGCUAGACUCCUUAACCAUGCUGUCCUGGUGUGAAAAUAACAGUUAAAUGUAACCUCACCUGGACUGCUUCAUACUGCAACUUUGCUGGCUCUGUGUGUCUCAGUAUUGCUGUCAGGAAAAUAGAAAAGGUUCCAGCUCUCUUCCGUCUGCCAUAAGAGGUUUGAGGGCAGAAUUUGGCUUAUGUAAAACUUCUGAUGACAGGAAAGCUGCCUGUGAAAGAAGGAACAUGUGCUAUACUUGCUUUACUUGGACAUUGAGGAUGACUUUCAUUUAACUAUUGAAAAAUAACACUAAAAAGCACUGGGUGCUUACCACCCAGUGUCAGUAAUAUAAACCUCAGUUGAAGGCUCCUGCUGAUAUUUAGAACAGGUCCUCCAACGCAGAAUUAGACUGGAGUCUCUUCUGCUAACUACCCUGUUUAUUGUGGGGAGAGUAAAGGCCAAAAUUCACACAUAAAAGUGAUGUGGUGGUGAGCACACAAACAGGUAAUUGGUAAAAUAAAUUCAUUGGGUAGAGAGCCUCAAUCUAACUUCUUUUCUUCCUGUUGAGUCAGAUGCUUACAGACUAGGUGAGUUAAAGUCUGGGAUCUCCACCGAGUUUGUCUGUAGCCUGCACAGGACAAGAAAGUUUGGUUCAUAGGAAAGUUUUAAAGCUCUAUAUUCGUAUAAAUGUCAAAAUCCAGUUGAUGAGUGACUGCUUGCUACUUUGUUAAAAACAUUUUUGUGUGUGCUUCGGAGACCAUCAAAACUUGGUAGAAGGAAAAGGCACUAUGAUCCCUUCUUCCCCCUGUGGCUGCUUCUCAGUACUUCUAGCAGGUUAGAAGCAGUAGAAAGGCUGCUGCAUCCUAGAGAUCCCCCCAUUUGGGUGCUGUUCUGUUAGAUCACUUGUAAUGACCCCACAGUACGUGGAAAGGCUGGUAAUGGGGUAUUCUUGUGCAAACAGGAGAGAGCUCUCUCAGCUGGACAUGCCAGGAUGGUGAGGAUUGGUCUGUGCCUUUGAGUAGGUCACUUACCAAAAGCUGCUUGCAAAAAUGUACAGUAGGUAUUUUCACUUCCAGACGCUUUGAUUCCUGCAUGCUGUACUGUUCCAGAAGUUGUGGAUGUGAUCUGUUUGUGGGCUGUUAAUGAUUGAGUCUUACCUGUGCUUGGUGAUCGUUUCCCUUCCAAGCAUGAAGGAAGAACGUGCUUAGAGGUUCUGGACUCUGUAGAAGAAAAAAGAUCCUAAUGAAGUGACUCAGUCACUUAGGGAGGCCUUUUUCCUUCAUAAAAAAACUAGGAAAAACAGUAUUAAAGGUAGGGGCCUGAAUUUCAAAUAAGAAAAGAAAAAUCGGGUGAUUAGAGGUGAAGACUGUCCUUCAAGUAAAAUACAGUGAGUCAGGGCUGAGGUUGGAUUCUCUUGGCUUGCAGACUCUUAAUAGAGUCUUAAUACAGUUUGAAUGGUGAUUAAUGGAAUGUUUCCAUGAAAUGAGUAUCUCCAGGGCUGCACUGUUUCAAUAAAUAACAGUAAUUCAUAUUUUAAACUGGUCAGAUAAUGCACAGUAGUGUUGUCUAUCAGGCUUUGUAGGCUAUAAAUAGCACUGGACCUUUAUGCAAUGCAGGAGAGAGGUUCCUUUCAUUUACUUUUAUUCCUGGUUCCUGUGUUAAGUGCAAUUCACUUUGUAAAUAUACACAUCACUUGAUUUUUGUGCAUGGUUAUGAUGUAUUGUGGAUAUAAAGAUUGCCAAAUCAUA